CUGCAGCAGCAGCAGCUAUUUGAAAGGGGCGAACCGACGACAACAACAAAAUACAGCCGGCUUCGUUUGGGGGAAAACAGCUUAAAUAGCCAUAAACUUGCCAUCCAACUUCAGUCGUUCGUUGAAUCUACUAACGUACACAGCUCCAACCAAGCACUUCAAAGCCAACCAUAAUGGAUUUCUACUACUUGCCCGGUUCCGCUCCCUGCCGCUCGGUCUUGAUGACCGCCAAGGCCUUGGGCAUUGAACUCAACAAGAAAUUGUUGAACUUGCAAGCUGGCGAACACUUGAAGCCCGAAUUCUUGAAGAUCAAUCCCCAACACACCAUCCCCACCUUGGUCGAUGGCGAUUUCGCAUUGUGGGAAUCUCGUGCCAUUAUGGUCUACUUGGUUGAGAAGUACGGCAAAACCGACUCCUUGUUCCCCAAGUGCCCCAAGAAGCGCGCCGUCAUCAACCAACGUUUGUACUUCGACAUGGGUACCUUGUACAAGAGCUUUGCCGACUACUAUUAUCCUCAGGUCUUUGCCAAGGCUCCUGCUGAUCCUGAACUCUUCAAGAAAAUCGAAACCGCUUUCGAUUUCUUAAACACCUUCUUGGAGGGUCAUGAAUAUGCUGCCGGCGAUAGCUUGACCGUUGCCGAUUUGGCUUUGUUGGCCAGUGUCAGCACCUUUGAGGUGGCCAGCUUCGAUUUCAGCAAAUACCCCAAUGUUGCCAAGUGGUACGCCAACCUUAAGACUGUUGCUCCCGGCUGGGAAGAAAACUGGGCCGGUUGCUUGGAAUUCAAGAAAUACUUCAGUUAAAUUAUUGUUGUAAUUUUUUUUUUAAAUUAUUAUUUAUAUCAGAUAUGUUUUAGUUGUAAACGCACAGCAAAGAAAAUUAAUUUUUAUAUAUUUUUCUAUAUUGUUAGAAAAAAUCUGAAAAUAAAAUUAAGAAAAUAAGAAAAAAA